AUGCCUACUCAUAUUGUAGUCGUAGGGGCUGGUGUCUCAGGUUUGACAUCGGCCUUGCUACUGUCAAGGAGCAAGAGCAAUAUCAUCACAGUUAUCGCCAAGGACAUGCCUGGAGAUUACAAUGCCGAGUACGCUUCUCCGUGGGCAGGUGCCAAUGUCCUCCCUAUGGCGUCGGAAAAGAACAGCUUGUUCGAGCGGCGCACCUUUCCCGAACUGCAGAGACUAGCCAGGGAAGUCCCAGAGGCAGGAAUUCACUUCCAAGGUACCUUUCUUCUCCAAAAACACUUUUCACGUAGAAAAAACAUGAUUUUUGACUCUCAGUCUCCCACAGAUGUCUGUAUUUAUAGGCGGCAAAGCGAAAUAGACAAGAUCAAGGCAGGGACCUUCCGAAGUGAUGGGCUCUUCCUUCCGAAUCCUUGGUAUCAGUCUAUGGUCGACAACUUCCGUGAGUUGAAUAUAGGAGAACUUCCCAAAGGUGCUGUAUCCGGUUGCACCUUUACGUCGGUCCAGAUCAACCCCAUGAUAUACUUGCCGUGGCUUAUUGGCCAAUGCAAAUCAAACGGAGUGGUGAUUAAACGUGGCGUCAUUGAUCAUAUAAUGGAAGCUGCGGCUUUAAGUCAUUCUGGUGCCAAGGCAGACAUUAUCGUCAAUUCAACUGGCUUGCGCUCUUGCAAGCUUGGGGGAGUAAUGGACCAGAAUGUUAUUCCCGCAAGAGGACAGGUUGUUGUUCUGAGGAAUGAAAUCAACCACAUGAUGUCCAUUUCGGGAACAGAUGAUGGAAAUUCAGAAUUGUGCUAUAUGAUGACCAGAGCAGACGGUGGUGGAACAAUUGUGGGCGGGUCAUACGAACCUGGCAAUUGGAAUCCAGAACCUGAUCCCAACCAGUCUGUGAGGAUAAUGUCUCGGAUUGUGGAACUGGUACCUGAGUUGUCCAAGGGAAAUGGCGUUCGAGGCUUAGACAUAGCUAGGCAUGCGGUAGGUUUCAGGCCGUUCCGGCAUGGAGGUGUUCGGAUUGAAAAAGAGAAGAUCGAUGGUGUUUGGGUGGUACACCACUACGGGCAUGGAGGCUGGGGAUAUCAGGCUAGCUAUGGUACAGCUGAGAGGGUCGUUGAGCUGGUAAAUGAGAUUCGGGGUCAUCAUCCAAAGCUCUAG